CACUCGCCCACUUCACGUCUCUCUCUCUCUUCCCUCACCCACCACAAAAACCAUUCACCACCGUGCUCACCGCCAGUUACCGCUUCUCCACUAUAUAUAGUUCCCCAUUCACUCUUCUUCCGCUCACACCUCCACUCUCUGUCUUUCCACAGCUGGCUCCGCUCCAAUAAUCUCCCGCUCUUCAAACAACCCCUAAACCUCCUCUCCCUCUCUUUUAACCUCAAUUAUCCCUUUCCACGAGAACCGGCACUUGCCGCUGAUGGCGACGGCGGGGAGCAUCGACUAUCUCCAGCAAUUCGUGGAGGAUACGUCAAUGUUCAACAGCAUUGUGCUGUCGAAUCUGCUUCCCGCCACCUGGUGGGCUCCACUCCCUCACUUCCUCCAGACCUGGCUCCGUAACUACAUCGCCGGCACCAUCCUCUACUUCCUCUCCGGCUUCCUCUGGUCCUUCUACAUCUACCACCUCUACCGCAACGUCUACAUCCCCAAAGAUGCCAUACCUUCCAAUAAAGCAAUGCUGAUGCAAAUCUAUGUUGCUAUGAAAGCCAUGCCGUGGUACACUCUUCUUCCAACUGUGUCCGAGCACUUGAUCGAAAAUGGGUGGACCAAGUGUUAUUCUGGGAUAUACGAGGUCGGGUGGAUUCUCUACUUUUGCUACCUUGCCAUAUAUCUCAUUUUUGUGGAGUUUGGGAUUUACUGGAUGCACAGAGAACUCCAUGAUAUUAAACCUCUGUACAAGUUACUUCAUGCAACUCAUCACAUCUACAACAAGCAGAAUACUCUGUCUCCAUUUGCUGGUUUGGCCUUCCAUCCAGUUGACGGGAUCCUGCAAGCAUUGCCACAUGCACUAGCUCUCUUUGUAAUUCCGACCCAUUUUCGAACCCACAUAGCUCUAUUGUUCCUCGAAGCCGUGUGGACAGCGAACAUUCACGACUGCAUUCAUGGGAAGCUGUGGCCUGUGAUGGGUGCUGGUUACCAUACCAUUCACCACACUACUUACCGUCACAAUUACGGGCACUACACCAUUUGGAUGGAUUGGAUGCUAGGAACCCUAUGUGAACCUGAGGAAGAGAAGUACGAGAAGGUGAAUUAAUUCAUCUCAGGAAUUGGGUGGCUGGGUGGUUGCAAUAGGAUUGAACUUUCUCUAUAUGGUGGUUGGCUCAGUGGCUCUCUUUAUUUGUGUUUGUAAAUGGUGUUUCAAAUAGAUGUUUGGCCCUAGCAAGUUAUGAUUUUUUUUUUUUUUUUGGAGGGGAAGAGAUGGCUUUUGAAAGCUUUAAAACAGAAGUAGAAGCCCUCUGCUUGUUGUCGUUGCUGCUAGUAAUUAUAUAGCCAUUAGCUGACUCAUUGUUUUUUUGCUGUGGUUUUGAGCUGUGGGGAAAUCAUUUAUCUGUGUAAUUUGAUCACUUCUAGCUAAAUGCUCUAUCAAGGUGUUACCAUGGGAACCCUGGUUCAGAAAAUAUGCAACAAGAUGUCCUCUUGGAUUCAGUUUGCUGGUCAGUCCAGAAUUCUAUCAUAUAUAGAAGUCUUUAGUUCUGUUUUCUGUUCUUUUAUUGUAUACAGGCUACAAUUGCC